GCCUUGGCGGCCUUGGCUUCGGCUGUGAGGUUCCCAUCUGUGCCCUUCCGACCUGUCUCCCCAUUCCACAGACAGACAAACUGAGGCCUUGGCCACGUGUUGCUUUGGGAGGUGGAUGGGGACUGAGGCCAGGUCUCUUCCAACAGGAAUCGUUGUCUUCAUUUCUGAGCAUGCCCCGGCCGAGACCUUGAGGCUCACGGGACAGGCGCCCCACAUCCUUCCUGGGAGGGGAUGCUGCAGCCCUGGGCCCCGGCCCCGACGCCCCCAGCCGAGAUGCUGCGGCAGUGGUCGGUGCAGUCGGAGCCAGGGGUCGCGGAGCUGUGGGAGCAGGAGAUGGAGCGGCUGUUCUCCUCCCGGGAGCCCGUGCGGACUCUGCCCUACGCCAUGGACGACAAGCGCUUCAUCCGGCAGCUGCGGGAGCCUGAGGGGGCGAAGGCCUCAUGCUGGCAGCGGUGGCAGCAGAGACAGAGGACUGCAGGGUGGCGCCUGCAGGAGGCAGCACAGCGGCUGGCCCAGGGCGUUGGACUCUGGAAGGGGGCACUCUACGAGAUUGGGGGCCUAUUCGGCACCGGAAUUCAGUCCUACUUCACCUUUCUUCGCUUCCUCCUGAUCCUCAACCUGCUGACGGUGCUUCUGAUCUCCAGCUUUGUGCUGCUGCCCCUGGUCUGGUUCCGCCCCCCAGACCCAGGCCCCGCCCCUAACUCCACCCUCCAGUGCCCUGGUGGCCUCCCGCCCCACGCUGAUAUUACCAAUUUCCACAAUCAACUUUGGAAUGUUUUAACUGGCAGGGCCUUCAACAACACCUACCUCUUUUAUGGCGGGUACCGGGCGGGGCCCGAGAGCAGCUCCGCGUACAGCGUCCGCCUGGCCUACCUCCUGAGCCCGCUGGCCUGCCUGCUCCUCUGCUUCUGCGGGGUUCUGCGGCGGAUGGUGAAGGGGCUGCCUCAGAAGCUGCUCCUGGGUCAGGACUACAGGUCCCCUCUGAGCGCCAAGGUCUUCUCCUCCUGGGACUUCUGUAUCCGAGGGCAGGAAGCGGCCGUCAUCAAGAAGCAUGAGAUCAGCAACGAGUUCAAGGUGGAGCUGGAGGAAGCCCGCCGCUUCCAGCUGGUGCAGGAGCAGACCCGGGCUCAGAGAGCCUGCCGUCUGCUCACCUACCUACGGGUCAACACCCUCAACGGGCUGCUGGUGGGCGGGGCCAUCAGCGCCAUCUUCUGGGCCACCAAGUACUCGCAGGACAACAAGGAGGAGCCUCUGUUUGUGUUGCUCCAGUACCUGCCCCCGGGGGUCAUCGCCCUGGUCAACUUUCUGGGUCCUCUGCUGUUUGUCUUCCUGGUCCAGCUGGAGAACUACCCUCCCAACACUGAGGUCAACCUCACCCUCAUCUGGUGUGUGGUGCUGAAGCUGGCCAGCCUGGGGAUGUUCUCCUUCUCGCUGGGCCAGACCGUGCUGUGCAUUGGCAGAAACAAGACCAGCUGUGAGUCCCACGGCUACAACGUCUGUGACUACCAGUGCUGGGAGAACUCGGUGGGGGAGGAGCUGUACAAGCUGAGCACCUUCAACUUCCUGCUCACCGUGGCCUUCGCCUUCCUCGUCAGCCUGCCUAGGAGGCUGCUGGUGGAGCGAUUCUCGGGCCGGUUCUGGACCUGGCUGGGCCGGGAGGAGUUCCUCGUGCCCAAAAACGUGCUGGACAUCGUGGCGGGGCAGACGGUCACCUGGAUGGGCCUCUUCUACUGCCCCCUGCUGCCCCUGUUCAACAGCGUCUUCAUUUUCUUCACCUUCUACAUCAAGAAGUACACCCUCCUGAGGAACUCCAAGGUGUCCCCUCGGAGAUUCCGAGCUUCUAGCUCCACCUUCUUCUUCCAGCUGGUGCUCAUCCUGGGUCUGCUUCUGGCCACGGUGCCCCUGGGCUAUGUGGUCAGCAGCAUCCGCUCCUCUCGGGAUUGCGGCCUCUUCACCAACUACUCAGCCCCCUGGCAAGUGGUCCCGGAUCUGGUGGACCUCCGGCUGUCACCCUUUGGCCAGCGUGCCCUCCACUACCUGGGCUCCCACGCAUUCAGUUUCCCCCUCCUCAUCCUGCUCAGCCUUGUCCUGACCGUGUGCGUCUCCCAGUCCCAGGCCAAUGCGAGAGCCAUCCGGGGGCUCCGGAAGCAGCUGGUGUGGCAAGUCCGGGAGAAGUGGCACCUGGUGGAGGACCUGUCUCGGCUGCUCACAGAGCCGGGCCUCGCUGACUCCGUGCGGCCCGAAUCCCUUUACUCUCGAUCUUCUUCGCACCAGCGAUCCUUCUGCCCCGGAUUCCCUUGCCCCGGCACCCCGGGUCCCAGGUCCCCCGAGGCCCCCAGAUCCCCCGGAGCCCCCAGAUCCCCCGGAGCCCCCAGGUCCCCCGAGGCCCCCAGAUCCCCCGGAGCCCCCAGAUCCCCCGGAGCCCCCAGGUCCUCACCCUCCCACGCGGAUCCCGCCUGUAGAUUUAGCUUCUCCAGCAGCGCGGAGCAGUAG